AUGCAUCCUACACUGUCACUCCUUUUUUCCAUUCUGCCCCUGACGUUGGCCAGCCCAACUCGCAAGCGGUCCGAGCCGGCACCGCUGAUUAUUCCUCGUGGCGAGGCCUUCACCCUCGUUCCCGAUGAGUACAUUGUCAAGCUCAAGAAGGGCUGCGCCAAGGCUGCGCUGGACGACGCCAUGAAGAUCAUGCCCGGGGACGCUGACCAGGUGUUUGACUCCAUCUUCAAGGGCUUCACUGGCAGGCUGGACUCUUCUUCGCUCGAUGCCCUGCGUGAUAACCCCGAUGUCGACUACGUCGAGCAGAACGCCUACUACGAAGCAUACAGCGUGACUACCCAGCAACAGGCCCCCUGGGGUCUUGCUCGACUCUCCCACAGACGCCCCGGCGCAAGCGACUACAUCUACGACGAGAGCGCCGGCGAGGGAACAUGCGCCUACGUUGUCGACAGCGGUCUCGACGCCGCACAUCCCGAGUUUGAGGGCCGCGCCCAUUUCCUCGGGACCUUUGUCGGCGACCAAAACGACAACUGCCUCCACGGCACGCACGUGGCGGGCACCAUCGGCGGGCGGCAGGUCGGCGUGGCCAAGAAGACCACCAUCUACGGCAUCAAGGUGCUCGACAUGAACCGGGAGCAAAAGUGCGGCGCCGACACGUCCGUCAUCAUCGCGGGCAUCGAGCACGUCGCCCGGGACGCCGCGGAGCGCCACUGCCCCAACGGCGUCGUCGUCAACCUCAGCCUGGGAGGGGGCUGGUCGCAGGCCAUGAACGAGGCCGCCGCGGCCCUGGUCCGCCGGGGCUUCUUCGUGGCGGUCGCCGCGGGCAACGGCGACCAGAACCACAACCCCAUGGACGCGGCCUCCGUCUCCCCGGCCUCGGAGCCCUCCGUCUGCACCGUCGGCUCCGUCGACAGCCGCGACCGGCCCGCCCGCGACUCCAACUACGGCGACGUCGUCGACGUCCAGGCCCCCGGCGUCGAGGUCGUGUCCGCCCGCGCCGGCGGCGGCUACAUCACCAUGUCGGGCACCUCCAUGGCCGCCCCCCACGUUGCCGGCCUGGGUGCGUACUUGCUGGGCCUGCGCAAGGCCUCGGCUUCCAACCUGUGCAGCUACCUCCAGGAGAGUGCUUUGCAGAACUCCAUUUCGGGCUUGCACUGGGGCACCAGGAACUUGCUUGUCCAGAACGGCGUUGGUGCUUAA